AACGGACAGCACACUUUUCCAAUCACUGACCUAGGCUAUUGGUUAUCAACCAUGUGGGCUGCAUGUUAGAAUUGCUUGGAAAGGAAAAAAAAAAAAAAAAGCCCAGAUCAUAUCUCAGAUCAUUUUCAACAGACUCUAUGUAGGUGGCACCAGACAUCAAUAUUUUUAAAGAUCCUCAGAUGAUUCCAAUGUGCAGCCAAGAUUGAGAAUCACUGAUCUAGGUUCCUGAGAGAGAUGACCAUUAAUGUAGAUGUGCUGGAUAAAAGUCAGCAGAACCAGUGCCUUCCGUUCUUGGUCUGAGGCAGGGUACUUGUGUAGUAUGGACAUCUUUCCUUGGGAUGAAUGCAGUUGGCAAUGAUUGUGAUGGUGGAGGUGGAUAAUAGCUUGGACAAAGAUUUCAGCAGAGUCAAGAAGUUUGCAAAAGGAAUCAUGUAAAGGGUAGACAAGCUGAUUAGGGAAACAGAAGAUGAUUUCUGGGCAGCAGUGAAAGACCUCUGGAAAGUGGAGACCAUACAUUUAUUUGGGAGCUUUUCUCCAAAAGGUAUGAUUUUCCCCACUAGCUGUCAGCAGCCUGGGCAAGCAAAAUGGACAUUGCAACUGAUCCAGGGUUAACAAACUUCCCAGGCAAUUGCAGACAGUAGGGCAAAGGAGUUAAGGAAAUUGGUGUGAGAAUGGCCAAAGUGAUGAACCCUAUAGUCUACAGCCUAAUCCCAAAAACUCAAGCAAAAGCUUUUUCCCCCCGAUAGAUUGUGUACUGGAGAUAGACAUAUAUAUAUACUUUCUGGUAAUAGUCACUCCCUUCCCUAUUUCACAGGAUUAUGGUGCGGCAAACACAGAAGCCUGCCCCCACAACUGGGGAAGACAGGUGACCCAGAUUUGGCUAAUCCUACUAUCCCUUUCCCGUGAAUACAAUGAUUGGUCCAGGGGUGAGCACCAGACCUAAACAAGGCCAAUCACAGCCCUUCCCUGUAACUGAUACUUGGGAGGCGUGGCAUAGUCUGAGGCAACAUUAGAUAGGAUGGCAGGCUUCUCCAACGUUGUGACCUUGAACUGAGACCUGAAUAACAAGCUUGGGUGCACAGGAAAGGCAGAGGAAGCAACAAUAAGUACAAAGGUUCUGAGAUGAGAAGGGUCAAGUUCAAGAAAUAAGGAGGCUAGGGUAGAAUGCCGUUCCCAUUGCCUGAGCCGCUCUCUCCCUCCCUGGGCGAUUCCCGUUUAACCUUCGGAUGUCAGCCCAAACAUCACUCCCUCCGGGAAGCCUUUCCUGACCUCAAGAGCAGGUCUUCCUUCACCUCUAGCAGACGACUGGCCUGUUCCUAGGAUCUAGGGGCCUGUGUUCACCAGACUCACGGAGCCCAGGGAAGGCAGUGACGGGAUAAAUGAUGUAGGUGGGGUGGGGGAGGGGGCUAAGGGGAUGGCGCGAUCACUGUCCGGCGAGAAAGUGAAGCCAACUCCCAGUGUCUCAAGUCCAGAUGAAUGCUUGUGGAGCUACAGCAGCGGGCAGAGCGGCCGGUCCCAGGGAGGAAGUGCAUCCUUGGAGCCGUUCUAGGACACUCGGAGGACCUAGCUCGUCAGUGACCGUGGAGCUGAAGCGGGCAUCACCCGGCGCACAGGGCCACUCCAGGGAGCUGGUGUGGCAGGCAGCGGCGAGGUGCGGCUCGGGAGCGGGCAGUACCCUGCGCAAAGCAAGGCUGGAAAAUGUGAGGGGGCGCAGGCUUGCCGACCACCUGUUCCUCCCGGAGUGCGGCGCGCGCUGAUUGGCUGGAGUGCCUCCCGGGUACCGGAAGUGGCCGGUGCCCGUCGCCCGUGAAACCAAGACAACAGCUGCGGGUUCUGCGCGAGCGGGCGGAGCAGCGCGGGGAGCCCGAGCAGAGCCAGCGUGGGGAGCCCGAGCGGAGCCAGCGUGGGGCCGUGGCUGCCUGCGAUUGUGAGAUGGGGACUGAGAACAAGGAGGUAAUUCCCAAGGAAGAAAUUUCUGAAGACUCUGAGCCCCAUGGGGCCAUAUUAGACAAACUUCCAAAGGUGGUUUACCAGGGUCACGAGUUUGGAGCAGCAGGUGAAGAAGACACGUUGGAGGGGUGUUCCAGAGAGUCCUCAGAAGAGAUAUUGGAGCCGACGUCUCCUGAGGAGAGAGACUUUGCAUCAGGGUUGAUUAUCUUUAAGAAAUCACCCACAAGUGAGAAAGACCAGGAGAGUAGUGAGAGCAGGAGAGGCUGCAGGCCCAGCCUGAACCUGCCGGCGCAUCGCGGGGAGGCUGCAGCAGAGGCGCUGGGCAUGUUCGCUGCUUCUGGCCAGCACUUCGCAGAGAGUUUAGGACUUAACAAAACACAUAGAGGUUCUGUGGGAGAGAAGCCUCAUACUUGUAAAGAAUGUGGGAAAGCCUUUAAUCAGAAUUCACAUCUUAUUCAGCAUAUGAGAGUUCACAGCGGAGAGAAACCCUUUGAGUGCAAAGAGUGUGGAAAAACAUUCGGAACUAACUCAAGCCUUCGAAGGCACCUAAGAAUUCACGCUGGAGAGAAGCCCUUUGCCUGUAAUGAAUGUGGAAAGGCCUUCAUUCAGAGUUCACAUCUCAUCCACCACCAUAGAAUUCAUACUGGAGAGAGACCUUAUAAAUGUGAAGAAUGUGGUAAAGCCUUCAGUCAGAAUUCAGCCCUCAUUCUACAUCAGAGAAUCCACACUGGGGAGAAACCGUAUGAAUGUAAUGAAUGUGGGAAGACCUUUAGGGUGAGCUCACAGCUGAUUCAGCAUCAGAGAAUUCAUACUGAGGAAAGGUAUCAUGAAUGCAACGAGUGUGGCAAAGCCUUCAAGCAUAGCUCAGGCCUUAUUAGACACCAGAAAAUUCAUACUGGAGAAAAGCCCUAUCUGUGUAAUGAAUGUGGGAAAGGCUUUGGUCAGAGUUCUGAGCUCAUCCGGCAUCAAAGAAUUCAUACAGGAGACAAGCCGUAUGAAUGUAAUGAAUGUGGGAAAACUUUUGGCCAAAACUCAGAGAUUAUAAGACAUAUUAGAAUUCAUACUGGUGAGAAGCCCUAUGUUUGUAAGGAAUGUGGGAAGGCCUUUAGGGGAAACUCAGAACUUCUUAGACAUGAGAGAAUUCACACUGGAGAGAAACCCUACGAGUGCUUCGAGUGUGGAAAGGCUUUUAGGCGGACCUCUCACCUUAUUGUCCACCAGAGAAUUCACACUGGAGAGAAACCUCAUCAGUGUAAUGAAUGUGCCAGAACCUUUUGGGAUAACUCUGAGCUGCUUCUCCACCAGAAAAUUCACGUUGGAGAGAAACCUUAUGAAUGUAGUGAGUGUGAGAAGACCUUCAGCCAGCAUUCCCAACUUAUCAUCCAUCAGAGGAUUCACACUGGAGAGAAGCCUUACGAGUGCCAAGAGUGUCAGAAGACCUUCAGUCGGAGCUCUCACCUCCUCCGACAUCAAAGUGUUCACUGUAUGGAAUGAUCUGCAAGCCAGGAAAGCUUUCUGUGGGAAAGCUGAAGUCAGACUUCCUGUUCUUAAUCUGCACCCCAAGUUCUCAGAACCUCUGCUGUUCUUCUGCUGAUUUUCAUUUAAACAGUUGGUCAAAAAGGAUGAGGCACUGUUAUGAACUAUUCAUUGAGAAGUUUCAAUGUACUGAGUUAAAUCAUAAAAGCUGUUUCAGGCCUUAAUUCUCCUCUGUCCCUUUUCCCCUCCCUUCUUCCCUCCUCCCCUAGUGGAUCACAGAAUGUGAGGGGUCCAUACCAGCCAUCUAGCCCAAAUUGUUACCAUUCAGGAAAAAUGGAGGAAUGUGAUUCCACCACCUCUUAGAAUGACAGAGUUGACUCCUUGAAUAUUAUCCCCCGAAAUGUUAAAGUCAUGGCCUGAAGACACACCUCUCUCUUGUCCACUGUUUAGCAUUGGGAUAAUUCAGUAAGCUUUUAUUAGCUUCGAAAUCUUCCAAACAUGCUGUCAAGUUCUUUUAGAAGGUGGCAGCAUUGAUGAAGAAGCAAGAAGCUUGGGUCAUCUCACAUCUCCCGCUAGGCUUCCUCAGUCAUCUGAAGAGGGUGCCAUGAUGGAGGAAAUUGACAGGGAAUGGACAGGAUCGUAGGAGAAGAUCCUCAGAAUCCAGAGGGGCUGAUUAGCAAGGCCAGGGGAGAAACAAGUGAGGCCAGGCUACUCAGCGUGGACAGAAGCAGCACUCCCCACUUCAGGGCUGCUCAGGCUGACUUCUUCCAAGAACUCUGCUGCAUUCACUCCUGGCCCCAGCUCCUGCUGCUGCUGACAGAUCCUGUGUCAGGAAGUAGCAGAGAGGACUGUGCGGCUUCAUUGUCACCAGGGAUCUGGCCACAGGAAUGAGCCAGUCCACCUGACUGACCAGGGCCCUGCCUCGCCAAAGCACUUAAGCUCUUGUGACCUGGGCCCCACUGCUGGGAACCCUGGCUGAUAGGUCAGGAUGUGACAGCCUCUUUGCAGUGUGCCCUUGGCUUUGGAAUUCUCUUUCUUCAGUGUCUCUAUAUGAGUUCCCUGUGUUCUCCUAUGUGUUUUUUCUUCUUCAAGGAAACACAUCCUCAGUUCUUCACAUGUCAGUGUUUCUGAGGCAGUGGGUAGUAGGAAUUGCACUAGUGGGGAUCCAGCAGGCUUGGGGUCUGGUCUUAGAACCAAAUCUUGAAUAAGGCACUUCACCUGCUGGUCCCUAAUUUUCUCAUCUGUAAAAUUAGGGGAGUUGAACUAAAUGAUCUCAAGUUUCAACCAGCCCAAUAAUACCUAGAUUCUUAUUUGUAAAAAAAUCUAACUAUAUAUCUUCAGUGUACUAUUUUUAAUCUGUUUAUUACACUAAUACUAAUCACUAGUAUUUAUUGAAUUUUUACUUCGCCAGGCACGUGCCAGUUUACAUUUUUAUUUUCCUGGUCCCCCUGUGAUGUGGGUACUCUUUUUAUCCGUUUUAAAAAAAAAUUAGCUUUAUUGAAGUAUAGUUUACAUACCAUAAAAUUCACCCGUUUUAAGUGUUCAGUUGAAUGCUUUUUCGUUAAUUUACAGUGUUGCACAACCAUCGAUGAUGUGGGUAUUCCUACCCCAAUUUAAAAGAUGAGGGGCAGGGGAGAUGUCAAGUAACUUACCCGUGAUCACACAGCUGGUAAGUGCCAGAGCCAAGACUCCAGCCCUGGGCUGUGCUGCGGAUGGAUGCAUGACUGCCUUAUUGAAAGUCCUUUGCACAUUUUCUGUUCAUUAUUAAUUACUACAUGGAUUUGAAUAUAAUGGAUUUAAGUCAUGUCUUUGGAAACAUAAUUGGUCACAGCCAAAACCCACCAAGUAGGUUUAUUCUGUACCCCAAUAUGUGUCCCCCCAGAUUCAUGCCCUUGGCUUGAGAAAGCGGCUGUACAAAUACAGUUAAUCACACAGUUUCCACUCCUUCCAGGUACCUCUGCAUCUAGUAGUCAGACUUUAGCAGGAGAAGUUCUUUAUACCCCUUUCUGUAGGGUGAUUCCAAGCGCAGGGUGCUCUCAUUCCUUUAUUCAGUGCUCAAGCUCAAAUUGAUUAUACGCGAACAUACCUUUCUCACUUGUCCUCUUACCUUCUGAUUCCUGUGUCUGAAUGUUUUACUUGCACCUUCAGCCCUUGGUAUAGAACUUGGCACCUCUUUAAGCUCCCCACAAAGGAUUCCCACACACAAACAUAUCAUUACAGAAGAAGCUCUUGUGUAGGAGGUGGGGGAGGGUUAUAUCCUAUGAGACAUUUUGUUCUUAGUAGUCCCUUCUUGGCUAAACUGCCACCAAAGAUUUUUCUCUUGGUCCUUCCCUCAGGGCCAGUCACCUCAGCUCCUUUCCUCUUUCUUGCCAGAUACCCAGUCGCCCUCCCCCAACCCCCAGCUCCAUUACCUUCUUAAACCCUCUUCUCAGCAAAAGAAAAGGCCCAUCAGGUAAUCAAUUCACUGGAACAUUAGAAGGCAAUUUAAUGACCAGCUUUUGUUGUGCCUGAGCAUAUUCUCCCAGGAGGGAGGUCUCAUACCUCAUUCUAAGAAAAAUCUUCCAACAUAUCUUCGUGCUUUCCCAAGAGAAAUUUUGGUGAAUGAAAUAAUUUCCACCUUGUUAUAUACAGUUUACACAUAUCCUGUAAAUUCAUUCCCCGCCCUUAUCCACCUCUCACCCAGCUGUCUCAGGAAGAUUUCUCUCUUGCUUGUCUGCCCUCUCCCCUUCAGUUUACUUGGGAGCCAAAAUCUGACCAUAAUUAUGACUGGUAGUCAUAAUUUAGUGCAAUUCGAGUUCUACCAAGGAAAGAAAAGACGUGAAUUUUCUUCAUUUCAGACCCAUUAAAAAUACCAGGAUUCACAAUCUCAAAGACCCACCAAAAUGCCCAGAAAUAACCCUUCAGAAUUUUUGCAGCUACAUCCAUAUACAUGUUCAUCCUUCUCUAAUUCAACAGUUUUACUGGUAUACUCUUCAAGUAAAUAAAGCCUUUCUUCACAAUUUUACUGAUUUGAUGUAUUUCUAAGGUCUAUUAUUCCAAAGGACAUUGUUUCAUUUUGGUCUCUGUAUGAUUUUGUAUGCCAGUUUCCUGCCUUACCUUAAUCCCUCAACGUGUGCUCUGUUAGCUUCCAGUUUUGCAUAAGCUGUUCACUCAGCCCUUGAUGUACUUUGCUUGGUGAGAUCCUGUAUCUUUCAUAACAGGGCAAAUGUUACCUACUUUGUUUAGAUAGAUACAGUUUUUCAUGUUAACAACUUAAUGUAAGCUAUUAUAGAUCAUCUCGAUGGUCCAUUAAAAAAAUCAUCUUGUCACUGAGA